AUGGAACAAAUUACAGAAGAACAAAAACAAUCAAUUUCUAAAAAGAACAUCUUCAUUUUUGAACUUAUAGGAACAUUCUUUUUAGUAUAUAUAAGUGUUUGCAGCUAGUAAGUAAAUUAAAAAAAUAUAGGAAUGAAGCAUAUCAAGUAGCAUUAGGAUUAUUUGGAUGUAUGCUUGUAUUUGGUAGAUUAAGUGGAGGUCAUUUCAAUCCUGCAAUAACAUUAGCAAUGGCUUUGGGUGGAGGAAUUCCUUAUAGUACAAUGUUUUUUUACUUUCUUCCUCAAUUUUUAGGAGCAUUUUGUGGAGCUGCAUUAUCAUUUUUAUUAUUGAAUAUGGACAAAGCCCCAUAUAUAGAGGAGUAAUAAAUUAGAAUUAAGUUAGUGAACCAAUAAAUGAAUUAGCAGCAUCAUUAUUUGGAGAAAUGAUAGGAUCCACAAUAUUUUUGAUUUUUACUCUAAUAUGCUUUGUUAAAGAAACAUCAUUAACUUAAAAUAGGAUUGCAACAUUAGUAAUUUUAUCCUGUAUAUAUUAUGCUUGCAGAGAGUAAAAUUCUAGAUUAUUUGAUAGAUAUACAAUUACAUCUAGUAAUAGUCUUCUAAAUCCAGCUGCAGCAUUAAGUUUGACAGUAUUUGAUUGUUUAGCUAAAAGUUGGGAUUAAAUGAUUAAUAUGUGGAUAUAUGUAGGAGGACCAAUCGGAGCAGCAAUUUUGGCAACCAUGUUUUAUUCACAAUUAUAUCACUCAGUUACACAUAGAAAAUGAAUUUAUAUAAUAUU